GCUCAUUCUUAGGCGAGGCAGCGCGCAGUACGGUUGUACGUGGCUUUAACUGAUUUUCGCUAUCCAUAAGAAGCGAUCGUUCGCGCGAGGCUAGGAGAGAAAAGGAGAGCAAGUAGUGCUUAAUUAUCGUAUCACUUUAGUGGCUUUGGUGAAAGAGAACACAAGUGCGGUCCGAGAAGAAGGAAUCAUGGCUGACAGUGGUAUCAAGCGUAAUAUUCCCAUCAAGAUCGGUGACUUCAGCGUGAUCGACACCGAGUUUUCGAACAUACGGGAACGGUUCGACGCUGAGAUGAGAAAGAUGGAGGACGAGAUGUCACGGUUCCGUAGCGAGCUGAUGAACCGCGAGAGCAACAACUUCUUCAAGAGCACCACCAGUCGACAUCACACGAGCUCCAGCGAACAACGUACGUCGACGUCCUCGAAGACCGAAGGUUGGGACAAGGUCGACCCUGCAGCACCGCCAAAGCGGUCCGCAUUCGACAGCUUCAAAAGCACGACCACCCAGAGUACUCAGAACAGCUCUCUUAGCCCGCAGCAUGACUCCGCCUGGCUCGACGGACUCAACAGCCCACUCAUCCAGGACGAAGGAGACAGCAAGAUGCUGAAGCUCCGAUUCGACGUCUCCCAGUACACGCCCGAGGAGAUCGUUGUCAAGACUGUGGACAACAAGCUUCUGGUCCACGCGAAGCACGAGGAGAAGACAGAGAGCAAAUCGGUGUACCGGGAGUACAACCGCGAGUUCCUGCUGCCGAAGGGAACCAACCCCGAGAGCAUCAAAUCCUCGCUGAGCAAGGAUGGUGUCCUGACCGUGGAGGCUCCUCUUCCGGCGAUCGGAUCGGGCGAGAAGCUGAUCCCGAUCGCGCAGCAGUAAAAUCAUCGGCGCGAUUCGAAAAAGAAAGCUGACGAACGCGCGAGAACGAGACACCCUCAAGAAAACCUUCCCCAAAAUUCCAGCAUCCGUGCGUCCGUGUCAGAUCGCUGCUUCCUGUCCUGUUCCUCGUGAACUCUAACCGUCGUAAGUCCCGGACACUCCUCUAACAUUCUAUUCUUUUCUAAUCUUCUUCGUUCGUUUCUCUUUAUUUCGAUCCACCCGCCGCGAUCUCUUCCGUCUUUCAUUUUCCGUUUCCCCGACCUCCGAGGGUGUCAAACCCUCCUAGGUAGUAAACAGAAGUUCCACCAUCUUGGUCCCUGAAUAAUUACGAGUCCAACGAACGAUUUCUCGCGCGGUUCGAAUCGAGAUCGAGAAUGUUAACAGAAACAACCGAUAGGGAAAACGAUAAUCUUCGGAUCCCGUUUGAUACGCGUUUUUAAAGGUCACGGAUCGUCGACCGGUCUUCUUUUUUUUUUACAGAGAAACGAUUCCAUUGGAUCGAUCAAAGCUAGAUAAUCAAAUCGUGGGCAAGGGAGAUCGUUCGCUCGGAGACCGCGGGAACGUUCGUUCGUUCGUCGAACCGCCUAGUUUUGUAUAAAUCUUGAAUAAAUGUUUGAUACGCAACUUCUUUCGAUCGGGUUCGAGGUACAUACUCUGCUAAACCGCGUUUAGAUCGGGCGACUUUUGGCGGUCGAUCAACAAGAAAUGCACAAAUUGGUCUAAAAGAUCACACAUCGAUUUUAACCAUUAAAUAAUGAAUCUUCGGUUUUCCAACGACUGCGCCAUGAUUAGUUAUUAAGGUAUCUUCGAUCGAAUCAUCUGUCUUUGAUUCUGAAAGAAUUGUUGUGCAGCUAAUGCAUUAGGGUUGACCGAUCGGAAGCCGUUCCGGCCAAAAGUUGCCUGAUCUAGACGAGGCUUUCAGGGAUCGAAUGGCGGAUCAGUCCAAGACCAGUCGUUUAGGGUUUCGCGACGCAAAAACGAAAAAGUAAACGAUUAGGAUCGUUGAGGCGUGAGAGCGGCGCGUUGGACGCCGCUGUUAUUUGUAGGAGAGAAUAUUUGAUAAAUUAUUCUUGAUUUUUUGGUACGAGCAGCUUUUUUGACGCUUUGAUAUAUACUUCCUUUUUAGAAGUAACAGAAACUUUUUCAGGAACACGCAUUGCCUUUGAAAAUCGAAAAAAAGUCUAUAUAUUGAGAAAUAUAAUCUUGUAAUCUUUUGGAUGUUGUUUCUUGGGGGGAGAAAUACACGAGCAGAAGCAGAACCGAUAAAUUCAAUAUUACUGUCGUGUGAAAUCAAUCGAACGGAAACGGAAGAGCGAUCUUCCGUGAACGAUAACUUAUGUAUGUGUUAGUUUUAGGUACUACGUUAAAAGACUAUAACAAGAGAAUGCUUAGAGUAUGUAAGCAUCGCUAUGAUGAUAAUUAUGAUGAUGAUGAUGAUGAGGAUGAUGAUGAUGAUAAUUACUAUUAUUAUUUAUGAAUAUUUUACUAUUGUCGAGAUACGUACAAUGUUUAAAAGGUAAUGCGAACAAUGUGGAAGUUUAAAUAAAAAUAAACCUUCAAGGUG